AUGUCCAGCAAUGCGGAUUCAGCAGGAGCAGCCACAGCCCUGUAUCUAAACCUGUCGUGUCUUGAGGAGGCCAAGGCCAUCAUCGGGAACAGCGUAGCUGUCCCUUUUCUGAUCUCGGUCCUGAGGAACAAAAACAAGAAGCAGUGCAAGUUAGAUGCUCUUCACACCCUCUACAACAUAUCCAGUGAGCCGGCCAACAUUCCUCACCCCCUGUCAGCUGGCAUAAUCGAUGCCCUCCAGGCUGUCAUUGGUCACCCGUGGACCGAGAAAUGCAUAGCCAUACUAAUCUAUUUGGCCUCAAGUAAAAAUGCGUGGGAUGAGAAUAGAGCAGUGCCGAGCCUGAUUAGCGCGCUUGCUACUAUUCUGGAUGUGGGGGAGGCUGUGGAGCAAGAGCAGACGGCAGCUUGCCUUCUGAUACUAUGUAGUUUGGACGACAAGUGUAGUGAGAUGGUGCUCCAGGAGGGGGUGAUACCCUCGCUGGUGUCCAUCUCAGUGAAUGGGACAGUGAGGGGGAAGCACAAGGCGCAGAAGCUCCUGAUGCUGUUCCGGGAGCAGAGGCAGAAGCAGAGGGAGAGGGACCCAUCGCCCACGCAGCCAGUCUCCCAGAGACCCCUGUCCAAGACGGUGCCCAGGCAUAAAGUGGGUAGAGCGUUUAGUUUCUGGCGGAAGAACAAGAGUUUUUCUGUGUACGACCAGUGCUGA